UCUUAAUUUGCACAUGUUAAUAGAUGGGAAUGGCUAGUGGACUGGAAACUAUUUUUUGACAAGCUUAUGGAGCUCAACAAUAUAAAAAAAAUUGGAGUGCAAACAUACACUGCUAUAUUCGCUCUCACAUUCGUUUGUCUUCCUUUCACUUUCCUUUGGAUCAACAGGGAAAAGAUACUAGUUUUCACAGGUCAGGACCCUCUAAUUGCAAAAGAAGCAGGAAAAUUCAUAAUUUGGCUUAUUCCAGCACUUUUUGCAUAUGCAAUUCUACAACCAUUAGUUCGAUAUUUUAAAGUGUAAAGUUUGCUUCUUCCGAUGCUUAUAACAUCUUGUGUCACUCUAUGUGUCCGCAUACCCCUUUGUUGGGUUUUGGUGUUCAAGACUAGACAGAAUAAUGUUGGUGGAGCAUUAGCAAUGAGCAUUUCAAUAUGGUCAAAUGUGUUUUUUCAUGGAUUAUACAUGAGAUAUUCUCCUACAUGUGCAAAAACUGGUGCACCCAUUUUUAUGGAAUUGUUCCAAAGACUUUGGGAGUUCUUUCGUUUUGCUAUCCCUUCUGCAGUAAUGAUUUGCCUUGAAUGGUGGCCAUUUGAGCUGAUUAUCUUGUUGUCUGGGCUGUUACUAAAUCCACAACUUGAAACUUCUGUUUUAUCCGUUUGCACAAGAAUUUCAAAUGAAUUAGGAGUGGGGAAUCCACGUGGUGCCCGUGUUUCUGUGAGGGCUGCAAUGUCUUUUGCGGUCGUUGAGACAACUAUAGUUAGCGGAACCCUCUUUGCUUGUCGCCAUGUUUUUGGCUAUAUUUUUAGCAAUGAGAAGGAAGUUGUAGAUUCUGUCACUCUCAUGGCUCCUUUGGUUUGCAUAUGGGUUAUACUUGACAACAUACAAGGUGUUCUCGCAGGGGUUGCUAGAGGUUGUUGAUGGCAACACAUAGGGGUUUAUGUCAAUAUAGGAGCAUUUUACCUAUGCGGGAUUCCAAUGGCAGUCUUAUUGUCAUUUUUGGCAAAACUAAGAGGAAAAGGACUUUGGAUUGGUGUACAAGUUGGUUCUUUUGUUGAAUGUGUUCUACUUUCUACCAUAACCAGUUGCAUAAAUUGGGAACAACAGGUAUUUAUCAUUUAAAAGGACAAUAAAAUAUUGUCCUCCAAUGGAUCUUUUAGA